AAAGCAGACAGUGUGACCGUCCUAUCAGGUCUCUGCAGUGCAGUCCCAGCCCACCUCGUCCUGCCUCCGUCCCUCCGGAGAGGGCAGGGAGCGGGGAGCGGGGGCUGGUGAGUGUGUGUGUGUUUGUGGCUGUUUGUCAUGCUCGCAGGACACACUCCCAUGAGAAACAGUCCGCUCCUCUCGUGAAUGCUUGUGGCUCUUUCAGGGUUAGCAGUGUGUUUUUGGACACUUUUGCACAUUUCGAUUAGGAUCGAGAGAUUCUUCACUUUCCGUGGUUGUGACGGAGCGCCGCGUGCUGGAGAUCCCGACGGAGAUUACCGGGAGACAAAAAAAAAAAAAAACACGAAGAUUGACGGUGUCUUUGUCAGCCCCACUGGAAGAGGACGAUGGCUCUGAGUGAUACAAUCUGUGACCAUAUGGCCCUCAGCAGUGGAGAGCACCAUCCCCUCAGUGCCAUUGGAAAUGCCCCUUUAAGCAAUAGCACACAGGUGAAAAACUCCCAGGACCCUCCCACAGCUGUCUCUAGUGAAGAUUUCCUCGCACCAGACGAAGAAGAAAACGUUAUCGUGAAGGUUGGGGGUUCGAGUUUACAGCAGAAGAGGCAAAGGCCCCAUGCUGUCCAAAGAACAAACAGAUCAACCCAAAAUGGUGGUGUGGUCAAACAGAACGGAUCUUUGACAUACCUUCCCCCAUCCUCUGCCCCCUCUACCUCCCCCAUAGACUCCCAAAGGCUGGGCAAACGCCACCUUCCCUCCGCCCUCUCUGUAUGCUCUCCCUCCCCUUCCCUCCAGACUCCAGCACUUUGCUGCCAGCGCUGUCGCUUCCAGUCCCCCCUGUGCUGCCCUUGUGAACAACAGGAAUGUCUGCGCUUCCAGAAUCCAGGAGCCGGACCCGUACCCGGACCCAGCUCCAUUCCUAACCAUGGGACCAACUCAUCUUACCCGUGCUGCCACUCUGCCUGCACAUACUCCAACCCUCAUCCCCAUCCUAUCCAUCAGUCCUCUCCUUUCUGCCUCCAUCAGCACAAUCACCAGAGUUGGCAGGAGCACCUUCAGAACCAGGCACCUGGACUCAGCCCUGCAAGGCCCAUUCGAUUCCCCAAAAGUUAUGCAGAGGUGAUAGCUGAUUGGCCAGUGGUGGUGCUGGGGGUGUGCACCGUGCUCAUUGUGGUGUGUGCUCUGGUUGGCGUCCUGGUGCCUGAUCUGCCAGACUUCUCUGACCCACUGAGAGGUUUUGAGCCACGGGGAACAGAAAUUGGCCAGCGACUGGUCACAUGGAGCAACAUGGUGAAGAACACAGGCUACAAAGCCACACUUGCCAAUUACCCCUUCAAAUAUGCUGAUGAGCAGGCCAAAAACCAUCAAGAGCCCAGGUGGCCUGAGGACCACUUUGACAGAGACAAACGGCAAGCAGAAUGGGACUUCAGUAAAGACUUCUUCUGUGAUGUUCCAGGGGACAGUUACUCAAGGCUCGUAUUCACAUCAGCGGAGGGGAAGAACUUGUGGAGUAUACAGGCCAUCAAAUCCAUGUGCAAUAUGGACAACUCAAGGGUGCGUUCCCAUAGGGACUACUGGGAUCUCUGUCAGCGCACAAAUGCUGCUUCUUGUUGCCCCAGCUGGACACUUGGUAACUACAUUGCCGUCCUUGCCAACAGAUCAUCGUGCCAGAAGAUAACAGAGCGCGAUGUAUCGCACACACUCAAAACCCUGCGCUCCUGUGCCAAGUACUACCACAAUGGCACUCUGGCACCUGACUGCUGGGACAUGGCUCUGCGACGGAAAGACCAGCUCAAGUGUGCAAGUGUACCCCGGAAGUGUACCAAGUACAACGCAGUCUACCAAAUUCUUCACUUCCUGGUGGACAAAGAUUUCCUCAGUCCAAAAAGCCUGGAGUUUCCUCCGCCUGUGCUGAAAUAUAGCAUGCUGUUCUCCCCGACAGAGAAAGGACAGUCUAUGAUGAAAAUUUACUUGGACAAUUUUGAGAACUGGAACUCCUCAGAUGGCGUCACCACAAUCACAGGAAUUGAGUUUGGCAUCAAACAUGACCUCUUUCAGGACUACCUCCUCACAGACACUGUGUAUCCUGCCAUAGCCAUAGUGAUUGUCCUGAUUGUCAUGUGCGUAUACACGCGCUCCAUUUUCAUCACACUAAUGACAAUAAUAGCCAUCAUCAGCUCACUGAUUGUGUCUUACUUUCUUUACCGAAUGGUCUUCAACUUUGAGUUCUUCCCCUUCAUGAACCUCACGGCCCUCAUCAUUCUCGUUGGCAUCGGGGCGGAUGACGCUUUUGUGCUUUGUGACGUGUGGAACUACACCAAGUUAGAUAAGCCACAUGCUGAGCUGUCAGAGAUAGUUAGUAUUACCCUACAACAUGCAGCCCUGUCUAUGUUUGUCACCAGCUUCACCACCGCUGCAGCUUUUUAUGCCAAUUACAUCAGCAACAUCACUGCUAUACGUUGUUUUGGUGUGUAUGCAGGCACUGCUAUAUUAGUCAACUAUAUUCUCAUGGUCACAUGGCUUCCAGCUGUGGUGGUGCUACAUGAACGCUACCUGCCUAAUUUGUUCCCCUGCUCCGAGCCUUCACACCAGGAGAGAGGUUACAGCAGCAGGAUGUUCUGGACAUGCCUUUGCCAGAAAGCCAGUAAAUGCUUGUUUACUGUCUCUGAGGCGUCCAGAGUUUUCUUUGAGAAGGUGCUGCCCUGCAUCGUCAUCAAACUGCGCUACCUCUGGCUCUUCUGGUUCUUUGCUAUCACCAUGGGCGGGGCCUAUGUGGUUUGUGUCAACCCUAAGAUGAAGCUUCCUUCUCUGGAGCUGGCGGAGUUUCAGGUGUUUCGGUCCUCGCAUCCGUUCGAGCGUUACGAUGCAGAGUACAAGAAACUUUUCAUGUUUGAGAGGGUUCACCAUGGAGAGGACCUACACAUGCCCAUCACUAUUAUCUGGGGUGUGACACCUUUGGAUAACGGAGACCCCCUGAACCCCAAAAACAAGGGCAAAUUGAUGCUGGACAGUACCUUCAACAUUGCCAGUCCAGCAUCUCAACUUUGGAUCCUCAACUUCUGCCAGAAGCUGAGAAAUCAAAGCUUUGUCUUUCAGUCAGAGGAACAGGACUUCACCAGCUGCUUCAUUGAGACAUUCAAACAGUGGAUGGAAAACCAGGACUGUGAGGAGGCUUCUGUGUACCCCUGCUGCAGUCAAUCCACCUUCCCUUACAAGCAGGAGGUCUUUGAGUUGUGCAUCAAACGAGCGAUUAUGGAGUUGGAUCGAAGUACGAGCUACCAUCUCGACAGCAAGACUCCUGGACCCCGUUUCGACAUCAACGACACCAUCAGAGCCAUAGUGCUGGAGUUCCAGAGUACCUACCUCUUCACGCUAGCUUAUGAGAAGAUGUACCAGUUCUACUGUGAGGUUGAUGCCUGGAUCACUGAGGAGUUGCGCUAUGCCCCAGCAGGCCUCAGUCACGGCUGGUUUAUCAGCAACCUGGAGUUCUACGACCUGCAGGACAGUCUGUCAGAUGGCACCCUGGUUGCCAUGGCUCUAUCAGUAGCGGUUGCAUUCAGCGUCAUGCUCCUCACCACCUGGAACAUCAUCAUCAGUCUGUACGCAAUCCUCUCUAUCGCUGGGACCAUAUUUGUCACUGUGGGCUCUCUGGUGCUCCUUGGCUGGGAGCUUAAUGUCUUGGAGUCUGUCACGAUUUCUGUUGCCGUGGGGUUGUCUGUUGACUUCGCUGUCCACUACGGUGUGGCCUACCGUCUUGCCCCUGAGCCCGACCGUGAGGGAAAGGUGAUUUUCUCCCUCAGUCGCAUGGGUUCUGCUAUUGCAAUGGCAGCACUGACCACCUUUGUUGCUGGGGCAAUGAUGAUGCCCUCCACCGUGCUAGCCUACACCCAGCUCGGCACCUUCAUGAUGCUGAUCAUGUGCAUCAGCUGGGCGUUUGCUACUUUCUUCUUUCAGUGCAUGUGCCGGUGCCUGGGCCCUCAGGGGACCUUUGGCCAGAUCCCCCUGCCCAACAAGCUGCAGUGUCAAAUGUUCUCUGACGCCACAUCAACAAACCUCACACCUCAAGGGAAAGGCUCCGGCCUGGGGAAGUACCAGUUGGACAGCGGGGGUCAGGAGGUGGAGAAUUACGAGUUAGAGCCGUUGGCUUCCAGUCAGAAAACUGAGGAUAAACCAAGAGAGGAGCAGGAAGUGUGUGCCCAACUUAACAACGGCAUCUCGCCUCACCACCAUACCGCCCCGUUUUCACACGUGCAUUACAAUAACAAGACUGAGUCUGGCAGAACAGGUCCUGAGAACGGGCUUGUAGCCGCACUAAGCACACCUACCAGGUGCCUGUAUUCUCAAAACCCUAACUGCACAUCUGGGGACCCUCCCCCUCCGGCUCAUCUACCUCAGCAGUGGACCGCUUGCUCCUGUUCUCAGCCUCCCAAGGACUCCCCUUCCUGCCCUCCCACUCCGCAGCUUUUCCCCCUCUCAGGUCACACUCCAAGCAAGCAAAAUGUAGCCCUGUUGCCUACAAACCAAGACCCGGUCUUCACACACAUGGACUGCUGUAAGCACUAUUUCAGUUGUUCUCCUGCCCAUUUCCACCACUGCUCCCAGGGAAGAGCUGUGGCCCCCAGGCAAGGACCUGCCCACAGCUGCCAUCUCAGGAAGUACUGUGUCCACACUGCAAGCCAGCAGGGUAGCCUAGGAAAAGAACAGAGUACAACGUCCACAGCUUCAAACCAGGACACAGACCCUGCUCCUUGCUCAGAACCCGUGGGACAAGAGGAGGAACAAAGACAACAGUUGAUAACCUCAAGUUCUGUCAGUUGCCAAAAUACAGGUACUUCAGUACCACCACAGCCUCAGACUCAAUCCCCCGCCCUGUCACAGUCAUCAACGCACACAACCGACCAUUGUAGCAGUGAUAACCAUGUCUCCACCACAACAGAUUCAACUUUGUCUGUGGAUGCAUGUAAUAAAACCCCUGGCACCACGGAGAAGCUUGAAAGUUCCCCUGUCACACAGGAGCAAAGUGUGAGGGUGUGCAAACAGAACUCUGAAAAGAAGCGGGCAUCCUCAUCCUCUCCAAAGAAACUGUUCUCUCUCAGCAGGACGUUGAAAGUGAAGUGCAAUUCAGCUUCAGAGUUUAAUUUGCCAAAAACUGAAACCAGCGUGCCUCCGAUCACAAUGAACACUAAUCCCUCCUCUGAGAGCUUGUGCUGAUGAUUUUGUGAUUCAUGACCAGUAGCAAAUAUUCCUAAAAUGACACAUACGACGUCUCUGUGCAAUGAAACAAGGUUUGUGAUGUGUUUGUUGACCAAGUGCCUCAAUCUGUUUCAUUUCAGCUCCACACACACACUAAAUAUAUUCUUUUACAUCCUCCUUUUUGUACACAGAGUCUUCAUGUGUGAGAUAACAUGUAAUGUCCUUUAAUUCACAUAGAACUGUGCACUGCUGUUCAGACUGUGUUGCUAUAAGAAACUAAUGGUCUUGUUAGAAAGACACCUUCAUAAAGUUUUGCUAAGUGAAUCGUAAAGCGUGUUCAUACAGCAGCCAUUUGCACCUACCAGUAUAUGAACUUAUACAGUAUUUAUUUUGUGAUACUGUGGGUAUUUAUCUAUACGUUUCCAAGUAUGAUCGCAUACUGUGCUCAACAUGUGCCACAUUUUACUAGCUGAUAAAAGAAUUCUGACUUUCUGUGUUUCCUGGAUCUAGUGUCAAAUUCAGUGUGCCAUUGCGUUCAAGUUGCAACAUGCCUCAAAUAUAAUUAAAUGUCUUUUUAUAUCACACUAUCA